AUGGUGGUCAGGAUUCGUUGGGCCACGGUUGAAAUUUUGGUUCAGGUGAGGGUUGGUUUGAUUCUGACCUUGGCCUUGGUUUUGAUUCUGAUUCCCAUCUCAACAUCAAUAAUUCAGGUGGCCCCUCCAUGGUGCGUCUCGCUGCUUCCCCGGAAUCCAAUUCCCAUUUCAGUUGUAGAAUCCGACGGCAUUGGCUUGCUCCACAUUAGGCUGGUCGGUUGGCUGAUCGUAGGGCGGACGGCGAAGGUGGCGUUCAUGUUCCUGGCGAAGGGGGACCUGCCGCUGGCGCCGCUGUGGGAGCUCUUCUUUAGAGGGCAUCAAGGCUUGUAUUCCAUCUACGUCCAUUCUCAGCCUUCUUACAAAGGGAAUUUUCCAAAGGGUUCGGUUUUUCAUGGCAGAAGAAUUGCUAGCAAGGAGGUAGAAUGGGGCAAGAUCAGCAUGGUCGCAGCCGAACGUAGGCUGCUAGCGAACGCGUUGCUAGAUGUGUCGAACCAACGUUUCGUCCUCCUCUCCGAGGCAUGCAUCCCUCUCUUCAACUUCCCAACAAUCUACAGCUACUUGAUGAAAUCCCGAACCUCAUUCGUAGAGUCAUACGACAAGGAGGGCCCCGUGGGGCGUGGGCGCUAUGACCGCCACAUGAUGCCCAUGGUAACCAUUGAAGAAUGGCGGAAGGGGGCCCAGUGGUUCGAGAUGGACCGGGAGCUAGCCCUCGAGGUCAUCUCGGACCACGUCUACUUCAACCUUUUCAAGCUCUAUUGCAAGCCCGCUUGCUACUCGGACGAGCACUACCUGCCCACUAUGAUCACCAAACACUUCCCUUUCAAGAACGCUAACCGAACGUUGACUUGGGUUGACUGGUCCCGGGGCGGGCCCCACCCACUGAAAUUCAUCCGCCUCGACGUCACCCCGGACAUGCUGAACCGGAUGAGGGGCGGCACAGAGUGCAUCUACAAUGGGAGGCCCACCAAAGUUUGCUACUUGUUUGCUAGGAAGUUCACGGUCAAUGCGUUGGACCGGUUGUUAAGGUUUGCACCAAAGUUGAUGAAAUUUUGAUUAUAAUUUGAUUAAUUAAUUAAUUAUACACACGCACAAAAGCACUACUACAGCAUACACCAAAUUAAUUUAGUUAUUCUUUCAAAUUUCUUCAUGGUCAAGUGAUCAUGUAUAUGCACCUCUUGGCUUAUUAUAUAUACAACUUAAUUAGGGAGUUUGUUUUCAUAUGUGGCUUUAAUUAAGUCCGCAUAAAGGUAGAAAUGCGACAGUAGGGAAAUAACAAAUGAAUAUGUGUAUAUUGUAUUUGUCGAUUGAUUGAAUGAACGGUGCAUUGGAUUGAAAAAA